AAAGGGGGCGCGCCCAACUUAAAGCAGCGCGUUGUCCCGUGUUGUUGUGUCGCAGAUUUCCAAAGUGAGCGAGGGGAGCUGGAGUUUAGUGCGUGGCGCCGUGGACAAAACAAAUGCUCUGCAAACGAGGCCACUGCGCAGGCUUCAAGUGACUUUUCGUGCUGCUGUUAUUUUGGUUCUUGUGGAAAACAACAGGACCCAGUUCCGCUCGUGUCCCGCGGAGCCAUGGAGCUGUCAUCCAUAGGAGACCAAGUGUUUGCAGUUGAGUCCAUCACAAAGAAGAGAAUCCGAAAGGGGAAUGUGGAGUACCUACUGAAAUGGCAGGGUUGGCCCCAAAAAUACAGCACAUGGGAGCCAGAGGACAAUAUUCUGGACCCUCGCCUGGUCCUGGCCUAUGAAGAGAGUCAAGAAAGGACCAGAGCUUUGGCUUAUCGUAAAAAAGGUCUCAGGCCGAGGAGGCUCGUGCUCCGGAACAUCUUUGCCAUGGACCUUCGCAGCGCCCACAAGAUGCCAGAGAAAACCCCUCGUCUGCGCCUGUCCCUCACCCGCUCCUCCAGCACUGAUGUGGAGCAUCAUCCCAUCCGCAGACGGAGGCUCAGGAUGUCGAGUCGGAGGGCAGAGCUGCCUCAUAAGCGGCUCCAGCCUGUGAGGAGGACAGAGCAGGAGCUUGAGGCUGACUGGGAGGGCACGAGUGAGGAUGACAAGCAAGAAUCUGAGAGCAACGCAGAAGACCAAUGUGGGGACAGUGUUUACGGUCAGUCUGAGUGCAGCUCUCCUCCCACACUACAACAUGACCUGGAAAUGGAUCAGGUGGACAGCGCACACGAAACACUCCUGUGGGACACAGCAGAGAACGAGGCACAAAAUGACCCAGCAGAAAUGACAAAUCCCCCCACUUUAGCAUGUGACCAAUCUAAGGACACUUUGUGUGCGCCUGAGGUGGUAAUAGGAGACACUGUGACUGUGUGCUCCUCAGCAGAGGAGGAGGAGGUGGUGGCUGUGGAGCAGGUGUCAGAGUGUCCCAGAUUCCAGAACAACAAUUCAGAGAGGAGCAACGCCACCUCUGUCAUCGUGAGCACCCAUCAGAGGCAAACGGGCGACCCAGGUGUUACACAGAUGAAGCAGGAUCAAGUGACAAGUGACAAUCGGCACCUCACAUCAUCAACACAGCAUUCCAUCAACCCAACCACACCAAACCCCAAGAAGGUGAUAGUUACUGAGGUGACCAUCAACUCCAUCACGGUCACCUUUAAGGAAGCUACAGUGGCGGAGGGUUUCUUUAAGGACUGCUGAAUUGGUCAGAUCAAGUGUACUCGACUGUCACUCAUUUUUAUAUUGAAGUAUCCGUAACGUGAAAUGACACCAGAUGUUUACAUAUUUGCCUGUAAGUAGGCCUGAUGGUUUUAUCAUUGUGGCAUUUUAAUUACAUACAUAGAUGUGAAUGUCCAACUCUUUGUAGACCUCAACUGCUGUGUGAAUGAAUUUCAGUCACUGGGUUUAAAAGCAGUCAACAAAAUAAUACUACUUCCAUGCAGCUGUACUUUUAGCUCUGGUCUGAGAACUUGGAGUUAGUUUGAGAUGCUCCUUUUUCUUACGAAUACUUGUCUUUCCUUUUGUAAAUAUGACGCAUGCCUUGUCAGUCUGUGGCUCAUCUUGUGCUUCAGCGAGUUUAUUUCUGUCACAAAAAGAAAUAAAACAAAGGAAAUAAUGAAUGCUUAAGAUGAGGCUUUGCAUUUUAGGAGGGUAGAACUAAAAGAGCAGGUGUUUGCUGCAUGCCUGAAAUAAAUCUAGAAGCUACAUUGUUCUAUUUUUGUAAUAUCAGUCCUCCUCACUCUAUCCUUUUAACAUUUUAAAACACUGUUGCCGUCCAUGGCUAUGUAAAAAAGCUUACUGUACAAACAUGUAUGUUACUCAGUAGAGGUAUUAUUUAUUGCAUGUCUUGUUGAAAGCUAAACGUCACAUUUUCUGUACAUGAUAUAUUUCCCUCGUAAUGAAAUGUUUUCUUAUGAUGACUGAAGAAAUAUUUUUUAUUUUCACUGCAUUUUCAAAUAAAUAUUUCAUAAAAUGUU